AUGAGAUCAAAGGAACAUAAGAAGAAUAGAAGAAAAAGCGAUGAAACCUCUUUUGAACCUAACAUAUUUUUCAUUCUAGUUCUCCGAUACAAAAGAAAUAUUGGAUCGGGAAAUAUUUUAAUAACUCAACAUUUCAACGAGAAAAUCAUCUCGCCGGGUGAAGAUGUAAGCCUACAGUGUACGGCGACGUCGGACAGACCGCCGCGAUUCAUUUGGGAACGAGACGGUGUUGUCAUCUCGUCAAACACAGACUCCAGACAUAUCCUGGGACAGAUGAUGUCUUCGACUGGUGUUGGUGUGAUAUCUCACUUGAACAUAUCAAGGGCAAGGGUUGAAGAUGGGGGCUUUUAUUCGUGUGUGGCUUAUGAGGGUGACUCCAGUACCAGACAUACCGCUAGGAUUGAUGUUUAUGGCCCUCCGUACAUCAGAACUCUUCCUCCAAUUAAAGUUCAAAGCGGUGAAUCUUUAAAAUUAAGAUGUCCAUAUUACGGUUUUCCUAUCAGUAAGCUCGAAUGGGAGCACAAAGGCAAGAAAAUCGUAAGUUCAAUGUUACCACAACACACUAGAUACAAACGGACAGAUAUUGGCAAUAAAAAUCGUAAAAAUGCAAGAAAAAGACGCAGGAAAAGACAACUGCUGCAAACUAGUGAGGAUGGUGUUCUUAAUAUAGAAAGAGUUGUUAAAGAAGAGAAUGGAGAAAUGUACACCUGUAUAGUAUACAGUCCAUCUGGGGAAAUGGCUAGAAGGUCAUUUGAAAUCCAAGUGGUUGAAGCACCAGAAUUAGAUGAGCUCCGUGUUGGAUCGGGAUUGAAGGAAGGUCAAAUAGUACAAAUAACUUGUAACAUUAUUAGCGGAGAUCCACCGAUUUUCUUCUCUUGGCUCAAAGACGGAACAAAGAUUCCUGCUAAUUUAAAGAUAACCGAAAGAAGUUCAGAACUGUUCAGCGUUUUGAUAAUAAAGCGAGUCUCUCUCGAACAUUGCGGGACAUACACUUGCGUCGCGACCAAUCAUGUUGGCAAAGUCAAUCAGACUACUGAUUUGUAUAUUAAUGUUGCUCCUAAGUGGGUAGAGGAACCUAAAAACACAUCACUUCUCUUAGGACAACGCGGCAUUGUGGAUUGCAAUGCUAAUGGAUAUCCCACGCCGCAGAUACAUUGGAUGAAAAGAGAUGCUGCUCUAGGUAUCUGGCGUCCAAUUCUAGACCUAGCAGGUGGAGGAGUCUCGAGCUAUCCAAAUGGCUCCUUAUCUCUGGAAGUAGUUUCAUUAGCAGACGAGGGGGAAUACGCUUGUCAUGUGGAUAACGGUGUUGGUGAUCCGUUGCAUAAAAAUUUGUGGAUCAGCGUUAAUAAGCCGGUGCAUUUCGAGUCCAUGGGAAUGAACCUAACUACAAAAAUGGGGCUACCACUGACGUUAACUUGUCAACCAUUAGGUGACAGCCCGAUAAGAAUUAAAUGGAGUUUAGAUGGGAAUCCUGUCGAGUUUACUUCUUCAAGGAUAACGAUAUCAGAGAGUGCGACAACUAAUGGCAUGAAGAGCUCGAUCAAUAUAAACUACGUCGAAAGUAGAGAUGGGGGAAGUUAUGAGUGUAGAGCGAGCAACCCAUACGGUGUUGCUGCUUUUAAUAUUCAUCUGAAUAUACUUGAACCUCCCACCCCUCCAAUGGACCUUCAAGUGGAUUCAAUCACGAGUAACUCAGUGAAGCUAUCUUGGCGAGAUACUAUCGUGAUACACGUUCAGUAUUACAGCCUACAAUAUUCCUCUAACCACUACACUUUAUGGGAUACCGCUAAAACUAUCAACAUUACGAGACGAGACAAUGAUAUUCGGCAAAGCAUAGAGCUACGUGAUUUACAGCCGGCCGUAGACUAUAGAGUUCGUAUCGCCUCUGGAAAUCAAGUUGACUUGAGCCCUUAUACACAACCGGUUCAUUUCACAACACUACAGGAAGCACCAUCAUCAAGUCCUCUUGGUGUACAAGUACAACAAACAGAUAAUCCUGGAGAGUUAUUUGUAUCUUGGAUACCUCCAGCAAGAGAGACGCACAAUGGGGCUUUACAAGGAUAUAAUGUCAAGGCAGUACCUAGGAUUGAUGGUGAAUCAGGGACAAACGAUUCUCAGACUAAAAUGGUGAAAGUGAUUUCUCGCAAAGGCAAACAAGAAACUGUCUUGAGCGGUCUCUUGAAAAAUACCAGGUAUGCAGUAUCUGUAAGUGCGUUUAACUCAGCUGGAAGCGGGCCGUAUUCUUUACCAGUAUAUCAAACUACUAGAGAAGGAGCGCCCGAGGAGCCCCCGGCGGGCGUGGAGUGCGUGGGCGCGUCGUCGACGGGCGUGCGCGCCGCGUGGCGGCCGCCGGCGCGCGCCGCGCUGCUGCGGUACGCGCUGCUGUACUGCGCCGACGAUGGCCCUUGGCUUAACGUAACAACACCACAUACAGAGUUAUAUCUUCAAGGUCUUAUGAAAUAUACAAAUUACACGAUAAAAGUUGCAGGGCUUUCUAACUACGGUCUUGGACCAUUCUCUUACCCUGUCGUCUGCACAACAUUACAAGACGUUCCUGGACCACCAUCAGCUAUAAAGGCUCUAGUAUCAUCGUCCACGUCUGUUCUCGUGAGUUGGAAGAAACCUGAUCAACCAAAUGGAGAAAUAACUCAUUAUACUAUUUACGUAAAACCAGUAACUAGCACUAAUGCCCCACAAAGCUACAGAGUGGAAACUAACCGGGAGUCAAACCUUUCUCGCCAGCUAACCUUCCCUCUAUCAGGCCUAACAACUGGAAUGCAAUAUGAAGUAUUCGUUAGAGCACACACGUCUGCGGGAGAAGGAGCCCCUAGUCCUAGAGUUCACGUAGAAGUCAGUGCUAGAGUUGUGGCUGGCGUGGCAUCACUCGGAGGUCCGAUAUCAGCGGGCGAAGGAAGUUCCUUGUUGCUGGUGUGUCAGUGCGUGGGCGCGCCGCCGCCGCGCACGGUGUGGUACCACAAGCACAACAUCAUCACGCACCACCCGCGCUUCACGAGGAACCACGACGACAGCUUGCUGAUCAACAAUAUAGAUCAGUCGCUUAGUGGCAACUACACUUGCCUUGCCAAAAACUUAUAUGGAUCAGAUUCAGUGUCUUAUGAAGUGUCAGUUCUGCCAACACCCGAACCACCCACACUAAGAGUCACUUCACAUAAAAACGCCUUACAUUUACAAUGGGACCAACCGAGGAAGAUAGCAGGCAAGAAUCAAAGGAUAGUUUAUGAAUUAACUUGGAAAGAAGCGAAUGGUCCAUGGCAAGAUACAUGGGCGGACAAGGGGACUACGAUACAGGGAGUUCAGGAAUAUAUGUUAGAGGGCUUAAAGUGCGGUACAAAAUAUUCCCUGAGGAUGACAGCAGCCAACAGCGUUGGAGCAUCGCAGCCAGCUUAUGUUGACGCAAUGACCUUAGGAGGAGUGCCAAUAGCACCAACAACAACGGAAUGGUUCUGGAGCAACGCCAGUCAUAUCUACAUUCAGCUCAGUGGAUGGGACGACAACGGCUGCGAAAUCACAAGAUGGGAGGUGGACUAUAAGGAAUACGGGAGUAAAGUGUGGAAAAGAGCGGAGAAUAGAUUGCCUCCAGCGCCCACGCCGUGGUCGUUCCCGCCGGCGCGCGGCUCGUUCGCCGCGGGGUCGCUGACCGCGGCGCGCUGGUACCGCUGGCGCGUGACCGCCGAGAACAGCGCCGGCGCGACCACCGCGCUCUAUGACUACGCGACCACCACCGAGCUGGGAGAAUCGAUCGGACCACCAACAGAUUACUUCGACAUUAACUUGCUGGUGAUAGUGUGCAGUUCCAUCUUACUGUUGGUGUGUUUAGUGACUUGCAUCUACAUUCUUGUAAAACGACACAACCACCAGAGACUAACGGAAUACAGAAACUCACUAACUGGUGAAUGUAAAUCAGAACGCAGUAACGCAACAGUGAACACACCACAAAGCAUUCCAACCGAAGUCAACAACAGAGUUUACAGCACUCCUGUACAUUUGGCAGCAGAUAAUAAACACGAAUUAUAUGAAAUCAGUCCAUAUGCACAGUUCGCGAUUGGGUUCCGGACAUUCGGUCACGUUGAUAACCAAGAAGCACCGCGACGAGGGAAGAGAUAUGACAGUGAAACGAGUUUUCAAAUGCGAUCAGAAUCAGAAGAGAGCGAUUGUGUUUCACGCACAACUACAUUGAAAAGCGCACCAAGAAAAACCUGCAGAGUACCCCAUCACAGGUAG